GGCGACCGUUGGCGUCACCGGGGGAGAGCCGUGAGGGGAUUGGGGGCGGGGCAGGCCGGUGAGGGGCGCCGCCAUCGCGUCCCGACCGCCGCCCCGCCCCGCGUGGGAAGAGUCGCCGUUUUCCCUCUCUCGAACCGAGGAGCUCUUGUGGACAGGCACUGUGAAUUCAUGGUGACUCAGGAAGUCCCAGACCUACCUACAUGUCUUGAAGAAAAACAUUCAUUAGGUGAAUCCAGCACCUCCUAUAAAGAAGUACUUAAUACUAAUGACAUGAAGAAGUCUGAAGUUUCUGAAGUCAUGAGUAAAGCUGACAUGAAACCAAAAUCUAUGCAUCAUGCCAAAAUAUGGUCAGAUGAUGUAGAGAACUUAUACAGAUUUCAGCAAGCUGGAUACAGAGAUGAGGUGGAAUAUAAACAAGUAAAACAAGUUGAUGAGGUAGAGUGCUGGCCAGAAACUGGAUUUGUUAAGAAACUUCAGAGAAGGGACAAUACAUUCUAUUAUUACAACAGGCAAAGAGAAUGCGAAGACAAAGAUGUCCGCAAAGUGAAAGUUUAUGUGUAUUAGUGUUGUUAUUGUUCUGGUUGGUUUGUUUUUAUAAAUAAUUUCUUAAGACCUGUAAGUAAAUGAAUUGUGUAAUCUGUUUUACCUUAAGUAUCCAUGUCAUGCUUAGAUAGGAAGGGGAGUGCUGGAAAUGUAGAGAAGCCUGAACUAUAGACAUAGAAGCUUCACUUUUUCCCUCCUAUAACCAAAAGUCUUAUUAUUCCUCAUUUUCCUGGUUACAAAUGCUUUGACAUAAAAAAGCUGGCAGAUGGGCAUCAUAUAUUUCAGUUAACUGUAUAGCAUCUAUUGUAAGUAAAGGCAUCAAUCUUUAUUCCAAACAAUAUAAUCUUGUUGACACUGGUUAAUGUCAGCCACAGUCUCUUGGUGUAGCUAAGGGUUAUGAGACUCCAAAGGGCCAAAGUAAGGCCAGAGCACUGAUUAAAAAUCCCUUGGAGCAGAGCAAGAAUAACAAGCAAAGAAUUUAAGUGAAGGACACUGAACAAUCAGCCAGUGCUGAGCUGCAGAUAUAAAGACUGGUUAUUGUGAUAGAAAGAGUCACAACAGAAAUGUCUUUCUAUCUAUCCCCAAAGUAUUUUUGUCAGGUGCCAGUAUUAAUUACUCUAAGAGGAAGUAUUAAUUGACUUACUAGCAUAUGCCUUCUUGCAGGGGUGGACUGUGGAUUUACAGGUGUUGGGAGCAUGGGAUAUAAAACUCCAGGGAGAACAUGAAAUCCACACUCUGUAAUAUUUAGGGGAAAGUGACGUACACAGAUUAUGUGUGGGAUUUCUGGGCAGAAUUCAUCUCAUCUAACUUGGAAUGUCACAUUAUCAACAUCCACAUGUGGUCCUGUCAUUUGGACAGCCUUUGUUCUGAAUAGAGAAAAGCUCUUGUGAGCACAAUUAAUUUCUUUUAAGUGCAGCUAUGUAACAUUUUCUUUGAAUGUGCUGCUGUGACGUCAACUCUGCAGCAGCUGCACAUACCUGGGCUACUCUGAGACGCUCGAUAAAGAUGAGGAACUGUACUUACCUUCACUCAUGAAGGGAUUUAAUUAAAAUACUUUGAGAUGCCAAAACUCUUGAUAAUUGACCAGUAGAACAGAUUAUUGUUAUGUAAACCAGUAGGUGUGUUUGUGGUAGUUACAAAAAAAUUGCUAUUAAUAUUUCCUAUCUCUAUACUGUUGACCAAGGGUAUCUAAACUCAGUUUUAGGCAUGAAUUAGCAGUGUACAUUUGACCACCUGUCUUAUGGAUAUUCUUAAUUUAUUUGAGCCUAAGAUGGAGGCAGACUCGAGAUGAGAAAUAGAGGACUUACAGCUCCUAGUCGAAAUAAGUAUGGGUGCAAUAUUUAAAAGACCUCAUUGACAAUGAUUGGUGGUGAUCUCAUCUUAUUUAGACAACUUGGAAAAUAUUAGCUUAAACUUGUAUGAGCUCUGCUAGAGAAAUGACAGAAAGAUACUCUGAAGCAACUAUGAAACAUAUUCUAGGAAGGUUUUAAUGGCAUAUAAAGAGAGAGUUACUGCAGUGUAGAGAAAUAAAGCAUUGCUACCAUAAA